AAUCAGUUCAUGUGGUAAAUUUGCUGAAGUAUAGCCUAAUCCGUAACAGCUUGUUAACGUGGACACAAAUUUCAGAACUGAUUGGAACUGACUUACAUCUGGCCAGCUGGAAGCAAGGACAGAGGCGCACUGAUCUUUGCAAAAUCAUAUUUAUAUCAGUAGGCAUAAUGGAGCUGUAUAUGUUGCUCAAAGUAUACGAGUCAGUAGACCAUUAGAAGAAAUUUUAGGUAGCGGAUUUUAAACAUUGUAUGUGCUCUGCAGUCUGAUCUACUCUUUCAUGACAAGUCAAAUUGCGUAGACUUACUAUUCUCCAUGUAAGACUCCACGUUACUCUUUCUACAAGCAAUGCUAUUCAAAGAUUACAUUUAUAGGUUUUGCCGAAGAGAUGAGUACUGGUCGUUUGCAGGGGCUGACAGCUAUUUCUGUAGAACUUCCAGAUGUCCUGAAAUCACUCCAGUUGUGCAAGCUAAAAGAAAACGAGGUUAUAUUUCUAAAAGAUAUAAAGAAAAGCUUGGAAAAACCUUGUAUCACAAAACAUCAGAAUCAGCUUCCUGAAGUGCUUUGUGUGAUGAGAUUGUCUCCUUCAUUCCCAAGGAUCAAAGCUGAUUAUGUAUUUACCUUGCUGAGCAAGUAUACUACAGGUGUAAAAUAUGCAGUGGAAAUAAACUCAUUGCAAAAACAUCAAACAGAGACAUCCCAUGCAGAAGAUGAUGACACUAAUCAAUCAGUUUCUUCAAUUGAGGAUGAUUUUGUCACUGCUUUUGAACACUUGGAUGAAGAUGAGCCUUCAAAGAUACAGAGUGUUGGGGCAUGCAGCUUUAGUUCUCGAAACCAUCGAGAUGCUGCUUCACAGACCAUCCCCGCUCAAUGUUUAGAAGCUGUGGACUCAAAAAACCUCAUGGGUUCUGUACGUAGAAAGUCAUCUGCUAGAUCUUCCACUUUGAUUGAUAUUUUGGGACUUAAGGAACUGUCCUCAGUAAAAAAUUCAGUUACAACCUCAAUUUCUGAUCCGUGGAUACAGAGGAGUUUCUAUAAGCCAUAUAAUCCUUCUGAUCAAGGUGUUAAUUUUUUACAGAAAACAUUAUUUUCCUCCUCUCCGGCAGAAUCCUCUGAGUCAGAUUGCUCCAGCCCAAGCCCUGUUAUCUUCUUAGAUGAAGAAGGGUAUCAAAAAAGCUUGAAGGCAAAACUUCAGCUGCCAAAAAUUCCAGUAGUGAAAGAUGGUAUAGAGGAUUCGGACUCAGAAGUAAGUGAAUUUUUUGAUAGUUUUGAUCAAUUUGAUGAACUGGAACAAACCCUGGAAAACACUUGUAAAGUUAUUAGGGAUCCCGUCCAAGGGAAUCCUCCUCAGAAAAGGAGGGCUGCCCAUGAACAGCUGUGUUCUGCAAACAUAACAAUGAAUCCUCAAAAAUUCAAGUUUGAUCGUCCCACACUUCCAGCCAAUGUAAAGAAACCAACUCCUCGUAAACCUGAGUCGCCGUACAGCAGUGUCUUUGAUGUUCCAGAUUCUCCUCGCCCAGUUAAAACAUCAGGGGAAGAGAGUGGAGGCUUAUUUAGCCCUAUUAGAUCAUCAGCUUUCAGUCCACUAGGAAGCUGUGGUGGUUCUGAAUGCUUGUGUCGGAUGAAUCCUGGUGGAGAUGGGACAGGUCAAAACCACCAUGAUGCACUCUACGGUACUUACUCAGAAUACGCUGAUAGUUUUUCAUUUGAAAUACUGGGUUCUGUUUUUCAUUCCGAGUCUUCAUCAGAACAAAUCCAUGCAGGAAACGAUUCCAAAUGCCACAGAAUUGCUUUGAAAGGAGAAAAAGGUCAAGCUGUGGAUCACAGAAUGAAAACUGGCAAGGAGCCAGAGAAGCAAGCUAAAUUAAAACAUAAGUCAUUAAUGAUUAGAGAUAGCAUUCAAAAAUUUGCAACUGAUUUGGUUGAAAAAAGUUUUGGCAGUGCGUUUAAAGACCUACAAAAAGGUGUUUCUUCAUGUACCAAUGCACUUUGUCAUUUAGCUGCUAGAUUGACUUCCUCAGUCUUUCAAAUGGCUUUUUAUGAGAUUGGAAGACGUAGAGCAAUUUCCCUGAAGGAGCGUGCCAUUAAUGGGCUGGCAGGCUUUUUGGUGAGUGAAGCUAUAACUAGCGCUUUGAAAGAAUUGCGACAUGUAAAGAAACAAAUAUUUACCAACACAGUUGCACGUUUUGCAGCAGAUCUUGCUGAAGAACUUGUGUUUGAAGGAAUCAUGGAAGUAUGUCAGUUUUCAUAUCCAUCGACUCCUACGGCUGCACAGCCUUCAUCGUUUGAUUUUGAAGAUAAAGUGGUAAGAUCCUAUGCCAGAGAUUUAUCUGAAUCUGUCAUUCAGGAGGCUUUUAUUGAACUCUCUCAGGUUGAUGUGACCUUCACAACACAAGCAGCCAUUAGCGUUUCCAUGGACAACAUUAAAUAUGUGAGUGCAGAAAGUAUGUUACAGUCAACACAGACUUCCACAGCUUUUCCUACUUUUAAUGAUAGAGUAGCACUGAGUGCAAUACAAGAAUCCAAGACAGAAUAUACAGUGCAGCAAGCUCUAUUUUGUACCUCUGGUGUUGUAAGUUCGAUACCUGUGCCCUUAGCUGGAAGAGCUCUUUGUCAACAUCAGGUUUCCUCUGAUGUUUAUAAAGCAAAAGCAUGGAGCGCUUCAAACUCUGGCAGUAUGAAAGCGUAUAAAGACUCUACUCAUCCAUUUUUCAUACCUAGAAAGAGAGAGGAGGAAAUUGCUUCUUUCAGAAAUUUAUACCUAACUUCAGAUCCCAAUCAAAGUACUGAAAACAAUCCAUCACUUUUACAUAACCAAAAUGAUACCAAACAAACAAAUAACAGCUCUGGAAUGAAUAAUAACUUAGAAUUAACAAGUGGAUCGAAAAGCAUCAGUAGUUUCUCUGGAACAAUGGUAGAUAUGAUCGUAAAUGAAGCCUAUGAAGCCAUAACUUCAUCCAGGGUAACGAAAGCAGUGGAAGAGUAUACAGAUCUUUUAACAAGAAAAAUAUUAGAAAGAAAACCUUAUUUGCAAUGCAUUGGUGAAGAUUUUCCCAAGAACGUGUUCGCAGACCACUUGGCCAAGUAUAUCAUAAAGCAAUCUGUAGAUGAAAGUAACAGUGUGGUAUCAAGCACCUGUGAGAAUUUAGCCUGUAAUAUGGGCUCACAGAUAUAUGCAGAUAACAGUAGAAACGAACAAUAUAGUGCGAUAAUGAAGCAAGAGGCUGAGAAACAAAAUAAUGUUCCUAUAAUUGUUGAACAGCAACAGAUGCCUUUGAAUAAUCCACCUAAAUUUCUUCUUGCUCCUGGUCAUUCUGUUCAGCGGUCUUCAGAAUCUAGAGACAGUUGGCAGGAACAAAAAGGACGGAGGUUUUUUUCAAGUUCACCACCACGGUAUUCCACUGUGGCUUUUUCUAGGCAUGUUCUAGAAGACCUUACUGACACAGGAAGCUGCUCAAUAAAGUACUUAAAUAAGCCCUCAAAAAACCCUGACACUCAAAAAGCAUCAUCAGGAUCUCUGACUUACAGGCGGGAUGAUUGUUGUCUGCAUGCAAGUACCUUUGCAGGGAUGUUUGGUGGUGAAGAUGCUUUGCGGAUGGAAGAUAAAUCAACUACCAAGGAUGGAAAUACCUGUGUAAUGCCUGAUACACCCCCACCAACUCCCUUAGUACCAUGUGAAGCUAGUUCUGAAAGGAACCUAAGGAAGUUAUCUAAGAAACUCAAGGGAGAAUUAGCAAAGGCAUUUGCACCCGCGACGCCACCUUCUACACCAUACAAUCCAUCUGUUACUGGUUUGCCUGAAACUGAACAUGACUCCCUGGAAAAAGAAGAAUUUAUGCUGAAACUCAUGCGAUCACUUUCUGAAGAAGUGGAGAGCAGUGAAGAUGAAGAUUGUUCUGAAAUGCUAGUUGAGAAAGAAGAAUAUCCAGAAAAAACAAUACAGUAUGCAGAUCACUUAGCUAGUCAUAUAAUUUCAAUAGCGACUGAAAUGGCUGCCUCCCAUUUAGAUGAUAAAACAAAUGAAGGUGAAGCUAAUAAUCAGGUUAAGUUAAGUAUGCCAAACAAAAGAUGUGGGUAUGCUGCAUUUAUAAAUAUUCCGGAAGAGACCUGCAAUUCUUUGUGGAAUUAUGCAGGUGAUAUGGCAGGAAAAGUCAUCAGUGAGGCCAAGAAAAUGGUGAAAUCAAGGCAUUGUAAACUGUUGAGGUUGAAACGGGUUAACUGCCAGGUGGAUUGCCUUUAUCUGAGAAAAGGUGAUAAAGGUGAUAGUUCAAAAGAACGGUGGGGUCCAGGGUGGGACCAGUGGCCUGGGGAGAGAGAUUCGUCUGUACUUUCUUUACCACAAAAUUUGAGCAUGAUGGGUUUGACUUCCAAAUACCCAAGCUGUGAAAGCGUGACUGAUGAGUAUGCAGAUCAUAUUAUUCGAGUUUUGAAAAGAGAAGGUGGCAAUGCUGAAUUGUUAGUGGAUCAAUAUGCUAGUAGGCUUGCUUACAGAUCUAUAAAAUCAGGCCUACAGCAAGCUGCUAGGAAAACUAAAUUGAGAUGCAACAGAAAGACAUUACCUGGGCAAAAUACAGAGGUAAAUGGCAAGCUGGAGCUCUUCAAAAUAACAAAUAAAGAUUCACUACAGCAAGUGAGAAGCGAUAUCCAUCACUGUGAAGACCAAACUUGCGAAAGGAACGUCUGGACGCAGAGAGCGGAACGCACGGAGUUAUUGCACUUUUCAGAAUCCCUUGCUCACAGUAUAACUUGUGAUGUCAGGAAGAAAUUGAAAAUGCCAGGAGCGUGUUUGCCAAAAUCUUUAACAGAUUCUUGUCUAUAUAAAAAGACUGAAUUUGAUGAAGUCACGGGGGAUCUUACUAAAACAACAUUUUCUAGGGCAUUUCCUUUCUCCCCAAAUCGUAAACUAUAUCAUAGUACAGGCGAUUUAAAUGAAAAUGGUUACAGUGAAGGUAUAAUGCAAGCUAUAGAGCAGUAUGCUAGGAAAGUAGCAGAUGAUACUCUAGAAAUGAGUUUAGAAUCUGCUGUUCUCCAUGCAGCUGAAAACAGGAGAAAUGGAGAUAGGCUCUCAUACACUGAGAAGUUGUCUCCUUUUUCUGGAACGGUCUGUAGAUGCUGCAGUAUGAAGGAACAUCAGUGCUGUACAGAAAGUACGUCUCAUCUACCUGCGCAAGAAUCUACCAUUCCAGUGAAGCGUUUCCCUCAUUCCAGGUUGGGUGGCGUCUGUCAAAAAUCAAGAAUAUUUCACCUUGAUAUUCCUAAAAUUCAUAUUGAUGUAGAACAGAAGGCAGUGUUUUCUGACAAGGUGGUUACUGCAGCUGUUGAGAAAGCAGAGAGAGAACUGAGUAACACGAGUCUGACGGCUGACAGUGGUAUUGGGCAAGAUGGAGUCAGUUUUGCUGAAAGCCUUACUACUGAAAUAAUGACAUCAGCUAUGACUAAUAUUGGUCAGGCAGUAAACAUAAGCUCUGCUGGAAGAGAAGGAUUUCACUCAGUUGAAUCUAUUGUUAGCCAGCAGAUGAGUCUGAGUAUUGGUGAUGAUAGCACUGGCAGUUGGUCCAAUCUAAGUUUUGAAGAUGAACAUCCUGAUGAAAGCAGCAGUUUUCUUCACCUCAGUGACAGUUCAGCUGUGUUCUCUUCUUCUCCUGGCAGUAAUGGUAACAGCAGUAGCUGGAGCAGUCUUGGUUUAGAAGGGGAUAUGUAUGAGGAGAAUUUAUCCUUUCCAACAUCAGACAGUGAUGGAACAGAAGAUAAAGAUGAAGACUCCAAGGAUGCUGUAGAAGGUCUGGAGCAAAUAAGAAAGACUUUAGCAAUAGUGAAUGUUGAUCUGGAGCCAAAUUUAGUGGAUCUCGAGCUCAGAACAGCACUCCAGUGGCUGGCAGCUUCUGAAACAGAGGUGUCUAGCGUUCAUUUUCAUGACACUGCUACAAGGGAAUUUGUCUUUCUUUCCAGAAGACUGCGAGAAAGAGAUUGGAAAGUUGGAGAUCUCUUGCAAGCAGUGCUGGAAUACUGUGAAAUAUUAGAGAAGGCAUCUGACGAAGAACAAGUCCUAAAUAAGUCUUUGGUUGGUUGGCUUCUGGAAAAUGUCUGAAAAAUCCAAAGAUGCAACGUUCUUUGCUUCAUUCCCCUUUUAAAAGACAAGAAGAACAGAUAUGUAAUGUAAAACUUAACUGAUGAAUGUUCUAGUAAUUGUCAACACUUAGAAGACUUUGAGGUGAAAGUCAAAAUAGCUGUGCUGUGCUUUGUGAUACUGUGUACAUGAUGUGUUUAUGCAGUUCAUAAUUGGUGUUGUCCACCCACACAUGACUUGUAUUUACUGCUGUGUUCAGGCCAUUGAAAUAGUUUAUGAAAAAAUACCUUGUCUGUGCUAGCAGUUCAGAGGUGACGGUCUCAGGCGUGAUAUUCAGGAUUUGCUCUGUACCAGGCUAGCUCUCUUUCCUGUUUUGAGGUGUGCUAAAUUCACAGCGCGUCUAAGAGCACUGAUGGAGAGUUCUGGAAAAUCUUGCUGCAGACACUAAGGAAAUUACCGCUCUUUGCCAGGUGUUACAUGCCCAUGGGCAGCGUUGGCAGGUGGAAAAUUGUCACAGUGCCCAAGGAGCGUCUUAAUGCAGUCUAGCUUCCUAGCUGCCUUUAUCACGUUUAACUAUAUGUGAAGAUGUGUAAUUCUGCACUAAAAUCAUUGAAGUGCAAGUAUGUGUUCCCUUUUGUUGACUACUGUACUUCUGGCAGCAGGGCAGAGUAGGUAGCUGAAGGUAACUUCCUAAAUCUUGCUUCAGCAAGGUUCGCGAAAGCUUGCCUAUCAAGUUUAAAUUGCUCAGUUUUUUUGUUUAUUUGUUUUUUUAACUAAAGCGUUUUGUUUACUUCUAUGGCAUUAAUUUUGUGUCUGAAAAGUUCAUAUGUUAGUCUUACACACUGAUAGGU